AUGGGCAUCCCGGUGUAUUCGGCACGGGCAGAUACCCGAGCGGGAAAGCAAAAUAGUGGAACGGCGCCCACUAGGGUACUAGUUCUGUUGAGUUUAGCGGUAUUUGGGACGGCUAUAUCAUGCGUCCUGGCCAUACAAGUGGUCCGGAAACGUAAAAUUGUCCACGUGGCAAGGACAUGGUUCCCACCAGCUGCUACACAUCAUGAUACUUGUUCCUCAUCAAUAAUUGCCUUUGACGGGGCCCUAACCGGCCCGGAAAGCGACCAACUGCUAAACGCUACGGGCGAGGCGCCAUCGCAACUGGGCGCGAAACGCGCCCGUCGCCCGGUCUAUUCACCAGUCGGCGCCAUACCGGAGCCAUACCCUUCGGCGGCGACACCGGGGCCGCAUGGGGGUGCUGCCAUGUCCCCGGUUAAGCCAGCCUCACCUCCACCUCAACAUUCCACUGAAAUCCACCCGAAUAGCGCGUUUUGCCGACCUGAAAUUGGCUAUGACCCCACA